GCGCAGAAGGGGCAUGCGCGCUGCCCCUGAAGCCCCACCCCUUCCAAGCCCCGCUUCCCACUCCGCCUCGUGGCUGUAGUUGGUGUGGCUCGUAGCUCGGUGGCUGUCUGUAUGAGUAUUGCAGCCUUUUUCUCUUCUACAUACAGAUUAUUUUGAAUCAAACUUGAAGUGAUCAGAAAUGAGUGCACCAUCUGAACUUGAUAAUGAAAAAAACAGUUCCACUCAACAUGCAGAUUCAAGUUUUCCUGAGAGAGACUGUCAAAUUGGACAGAAGCAACUGCAACAAAUAGAGCGACAAUUAAAAUCCUUAGCAUUUCAAAACCCAGGACCUCAGGUUGCAGACUUCAAUCCUGAAACCAGAGAGCAGAAAAAGAAGGCCCACAUGUCAAAGAUGAAUGAGUAUUUUUCUGUGAACAAAGUGAUGAAGAAAUAUGACAAGAAUGGCCGGCUGAUUUGUAAUGGUGUAGACUUAUGUGACUGCCUGGAGAAGAACUGCUUAGGUUGCUUCUAUCCAUGUCCCAAAUGUAACUCAAACAAAUGUGGACCAGAGUGCCGCUGUAAUAGAAAAUGGGUCUAUGAUGAUAUUGUAACUGAGACUGGUGAUGUUAUUAGCACAGUGCCAUUUUUUGUUCCUGACUGAGGCCUUUGUGAGAAGAUUUGUGCUUAAUAGGAAGUUAUUGCCUCAACUCUUUUCAUUUUGUCUUUCCAAAAUGUCUGAUUAAUAUGAAAAAAAUAAUUUCAUUGUGGUGAACGAUCAAAAAAGCACCUCUCCUUAGAUGUGCUAAUUCAGGUUUUCCUCAGUUACAGUUUUCUAAACUUUAAGAUGUUCCAAACGCCAAAAAGAAAACAUUUUCUUACGCAUAAUGGAAUGGAAUAAUUUAAUUUCUUUCUCAUUUUCUUUAUAGUUUUGUUUGUCACGAGGUCCAGUGCAGAAAUUGUCUUGAGAUUUAAAAAUUUGCAUAUUAUUUGGACUAUUUUCCAUAAACAAAAAUUUAUCUUUUAUUCAAAUAGAAUAAGAAGUAGUAACUCUUAGUUUCUAAAGCCAAAAGCCCAAUGGCUUUCACUUUGCAACUACUACUUGAAAGUGAAAACAAAAAACAAAACCAAGAAAAUGUGAGUUGUGUUUUAAAAGCAUGUUUUAUAUGUUUCAAGCUAUAUAGUAUAUUAAUAAGUAGUUUCUUGUAAGACAUAGUAUGUAACUAAGGACUUGACUGAAAUACUUUUUUUUCCCUCGUGCUGUUGAGGGUAUUGUGGAAAUUUUUCUGAGUUUCUUUUGUCUUUUAGAUAUCACCAUCUUCUGUGUGUUCUGAGUUACAGUAAAGUUAAGGUUAUGAGGAAUAGGAAUAGAGUGAUUAGAUAGAAGUUAUUAAAGUCAUAAUAUUUAGACUAAAUAAAUUAUACUUCUAUGAUGUG